AUGCACACUGAAGCUAUUGAUCCUGUCAGCGAUUCCCGUUUUGAAUCCUCUUCGAGCAAUGUCAACCACAAUGAGCCUAAUGAGCAACAAGUGGAGGUUACUGUUGUUGCUGCAAAAGCUGCGAAGCUUCGAGAAAAUCUUAAAACCAAUGGGUGGAUCGAAGUGAACGCGAACAACGUGAAGGAAGAAAUCAGCAGAAUUUAUGCAGCUACGGGUGAAGCCUGGGUUUACAAUAACAAAGGGGUGGACCCUGAGAAAAUUGCUAUAAAGGCUCAGCAAGCUGAUCAUGCCAAUGGCCCAAGAACUCGUCGUCUUGAACUCCGUAUCCAUGAGAGCCACUAUUACGACUGCCAUCGUGCACACAGCCAACGUAUCCGCCCAUACAAACCGGAUGAUGAUACCAUUGAUCGACGUAACAUCCUGCGACCUUCGAAGAA